UCUGUACCUCCAAGUACAACUGGUGGGACAACCACAACCACAAAAUCAACAACCCCAACCGCUGUACCUCCUACUACAACUAAGGGACCAACCCCAACCACAACAGAGGAGCCAACCACGACCACAAAAUCUACAUCUCCGACCUCUGUACCUCCUAGUACAACUGGUGGGACAACCACAACUACAAAAUCAACAACCCCAACCGCUGUACCUCCUAGUACAACUCAGAGUCCAACCGCAAGCACAACAGAGGAGCCAACCACGACCACAAAAUCUACAUCUCCGACCUCUGUACCUCCAAGUACAACUGGUGGGACAACCACAACCACAAAAUCAACAACCCCAACCGCUGUACCUCCUAGUACAACUAAGGGACCAACCCCAACCACAACAGAGGAGCCAACCACGACCACAAAAUCUACAUCUCCGACCUCUGUACCUCCUAGUACAACUGGUGGGACAACCACAACCACAAAAUCAACAACCCCAACCGCUGUACCUCCUACUACAACUAAGGGACCAACCUCAACCACAACAGAGGAGCCAACCACGACCACAAAAUCUACAUCUCCGACCUCUGUACCUCCUAGUACAACUGGUGGGACAACCACAACCACAAAAUCAACAACCCCAACCGCUGUACCUCCUACUACAACUAAGGGACCAACCCCAACCACAACAGAGGAGCCAACCACGACCACAAAAUCUACAUCUCCGACCUCUGUACCUCCUAGUACAACUGGUGGGACAACUUCCAUUUCCACAACACCUGAAUCACCUGUCACUGGUUCCACAUCCACAGUGCAUCCACCAACAGCCCCCAUUAUCAGCAACCAGACAACCCCAGCAUCUCAAACUUCACCAUCAACAAUAACCACACUGAGUUCCACGACACAAUGCUUCUGUGUAGUUAAUGGCAAGCAAUAUAAGCCAGGGGAGAAAAUACUUGACAUGGAACACAUUGGAUCAGGUGUAUGUCUCACAAUGAUAUGUUCUGAUAUUUGUGAGAUUAGCAACAAGACUGAACCUUGCAGGCCGACGCCUUUUCCUACACCCACACCCAAACCUGUACCUGACUGCCCUGAAUGGGGUGUAGCACAAAAUGAGACAUUCUUACUGUGCAACUGCACCUUGGCAAGAUGCAUUGAGAACAAUACAAUUGAAAUAAUUCCUUAUGAAUGUCCACCCCUUGAACCCAUCACUUGUACCAAUGGAAAGAAACCUGUUCUUGUGUAUGAUGAGAAUUACUGCUGCCACUAUUACGCUUGUGACUGUGUAUGUGAAGGCUGGGGAGAUCCUCAUUACAUCACAUUUGAUGGACUCUUCUACAGUUAUCAAGGAAACUGUACUUAUGUUUUGAUGGAAGAGAUGUCACCAAAAUAUAAUUUGAAGAUAUAUAUUGAUAAUGUCUAUUGUGAUCCCACUGAAGAUGUUUCCUGUCCGCGAUCUAUAAUUAUAUCAUAUCAAUCGCAAAUUAUCACACUCAAGAAUCAUAACCUUAACUUUGGAGAAGCAAAUAUGGAGGCUUUAAUAGAUGGAGUAAGUCUGAAACUACCUUAUUCACAACAAGGUGUGAAGAUCAUGAAUUCUGGCAUUACCAUGGUUUUGGAGAUCUCUCACCUAAAAGUGAUCAUUACAUUUGGAAUAACUGGCUUCAGUGUGACCCUUCCAUAUCAAUACUUUGGCAACAAUACACAGGGCCAUUGUGGAACAUGCAACAACAACCAGGCUGAUGACUGCAUGUUACCUGGAGGCCGGCUGCUGCAAAAUUGUGCUGUGAUGGCUGACUAUUGGCCUGCAUCAGACAUUCACAAACCCAACUGUAACAUACCACUUGUACUCCCCACCGACAUACCUGAAUCCCCACAAAUCUCAUCUCCAUGCAAGCUAGACUCCAUUUGUGAUCUGCUUAAGAGCAGUGUGUUUGCAGAGUGCCAUCCCCUUGUCGCUCCUGACAAAUUCUACCAAGGUUGUGUUUUUGAUAGCUGCCAUGUUUCCAACCCAGCGGUGCAGUGCACAAGUUUGCAGACCUAUGCUGCUGCCUGUGUGCAGGCUGGAGUUUGUGUGCACUGGAGGAACCACACCACAAUGUGUGCCAGUGACUGCCCAUCAAACAAAGUUUACAAGGCAUGUGGUCUUGCAGAACAGCCAACCUGUCAAGACAAUCCUAUUGAUCCAAUCAUGAACUUCACAACUGAGGGCUGCUUUUGUCCUGAUGGAAUGAAACUCUUCAACAAAGAGUCCGGCAUAUGUGUUGAUAAGUGUGGAUGUCUUGAUCCUGAGGGCAUUCCUCGUGAGGUAAAUGAAAGGUUUGAGUACAAAUGCCAAAACUGCAUCUGUGAUGAGUCCACCAAGACUGUGACUUGCAAGCAUAAGGUGUGCCCAGCACCACCUCUAACAAGCUGCACUGGUCCAGGGUUCGUCCUUGUCAACCAAACUAGUCCAUCAGACCCCUGCUGUACUUCCUAUGUCUGCCAGUGUCGCAGCAAUACUUGCCCAGUCAACAUCAUGAAAUGUCCAGUUGGAUAUCGGCCAACUGUUAGUGUUCCAGAGGGAAAAUGCUGUCCAGAACAUACAUGUGAUCCUGAGAGGGUUUGUGUCCACAAACAAAUUGAAUACCAGCCUGGUGCUUCAAUUCCUGGGAAUCUAUGUGAGAAUUGUACCUGUACCAAUGAGGUGGACCCCAAAUCCAGUCUAUUGAAAAUGACUUGUGAGCUUCUGCAAUGUGAAGAAAAAUGUGACAAGGGUUAUGAAUAUGUGGAAACGGAUUCAGAUAUAUGCUGUGGGAGGUGUGUACAUACACACUGUGUCUUAAAUGUUAAUGAUACCGAACAUUUAUUGGCGCAAGGAGAAACCUGGUCACCACCUGGGAAUAUGUGUGAGCAUUACACCUGUGUUAAGAGUGGUGAGACUUUAAUAACCAUGCGUUCACACAUUGUCUGCCCGCAAUUCCAGGAGAGCAACUGCCAACCUGACACAAUUCAAACUGCAGCAAAUGGCUGUUGUAAAACUUGUGUGGAGAAGGAGAAGGCCUGCAAGUUAGAAUUCAUGAAAAUCCACAUUAUGCACAAGGGCUGUUGGUCUAAGGAGGAGGUAGAUGUUCCAUAUUGUGAGGGAUCCUGCAACACUUUCACCAAGUACUCUAGAGCAGCAGGUGCUAUGCGGCAUUCUUGCACAUGCUGUAAGGAGACACGCUACAGCAAUCGCACUGUUGACUUGCUAUGUCUCAAUGGAGAAGUGGUUCCUCACACAUACAUCCAUGCGGAGGAGUGUGGCUGUCGCCACACAGACUGCACCACAGCUACAGUAUAUCCAGCUCGCAAGAGGCGAAGCUUCACACUGGUGUAAUUGAAAAUCUGUAUGGAAAGUUCUUCCCCUAUUGCCCUAACAAUCAUUGCAUCUCUUACAAUGUAAUUGACAUUAUAGAGAGAGUAUUUAUCAACUGAUCAAAUAAAAAGAUGCAACUAUA